AUGGGUAGCGAGGAGUUAGCAUCAUUUGAAACACUGAAAGGAAAAUUAGUAGAAUCACCGAUCCUUGCCUUAUUUGAUCCGAAUGAUAAGACAGAGUUACAUACUGACGCGAGUAGUAUUGGGUUUGGAGCUGUAUUAAUGCAGAAAAAAAAAGAUGACAAAUGGCAUCCAGUAUUCUUUUUCUCCAAGAGAACUACAGAUACGGAGUCAAAAUACCAUAGUUUUGAGCUAGAAACACUAGCCAUAAUUUAUGCGUUAGAAAGAUUUCGAGUGUACUUAACGGGACGAAAGUUCAAGAUAGUUACAGAUUGCAAUUCGUUAACACUCACACUUCAAAAAAAAGAGUUGAAUCCAAGAAUAGCCAGAUGGGCAUUGGAAUUACAGAAUUAUGACUAUGAGGUACAACAUAGGUCAGGAAAGAACAUGCAACACGUAGAUGCGCUAAGUAGAAGCACAAAUAUAUUAGUAGUAGAGGGAAAUUCGUUCGAACAGGAUUUAGUAGUAUGUCAGAACAGGGACAGUAAGUUAAAAGCUCUUAAGGUGCAGUUGGAAAAGGCAGAAAGUAAAACAUAUGAAAUGCGUAAUGGUAUAGUUUAUAGAAAAAAUAAUAACAACAACCUAUUAUUCUGUGUCCCUGAAAUAAUGGAAUCAAACGUAUUACACAAAUAUCAUGAUGAAAUGGGUCAUGUAGGGGUUGACAAAACGGUAGAAAUAAUUUCCAAAACUUAUUGGUUUCCAAACAUGAAGAAAAAAGUAGACGUUCAUAUAAAAAAUUGUUUAAAGUGUAUUGCUUUUUCAGAUAAAAGUGGUAGACAUGAAGGUUUUUUACACAAUAUUCCGAAAGGAAUAAGUCCUUUUGACGUUGUUCAUAUCGAUCAUUUUGGACCGAUUGAAGGAAAGAAGUGUUCUAUGAAACACUUGUUAGUUGUUGUUGAUGCGUGUACUAAAUUUGUCAGGCUUUAUCCAACAAAAACGACAAAGUCAAGGGAGGCGGUGCAAGCAUUAUGCGAUUACUUUAGAGCUUAUAGCAGACCCAGGUGUAUUAUUUCAGAUAGAGGGUCAUGUUUUACGUCUGGUGAAUUCGAGUCAUUUUUAAAUGCUAAUAACGUUCAACACAUAAAAAUAGCCACCGCAUCUCCGCAAGCUAACGGCCAAGUAGAACGUGUUAACAGAAAUCUAAAACCUAUGAUAGCUAAGUUAGUAAGUGCGCAGUCAGAACAAAGCUGGGACAAAGUUGUAGAAACAGUUGAAUAUGCCCUGAACAAUACAGUUCAUAGAAUGAUCGGAUCAUAUUUUGGCAUGCGACACUUGCAGUGUUUAUUACUUUUUAAUGGCUUGGCCGUUGGCUAUGCAAUGCGCGUAAAUCUUUCGGUUGCGAUUGUGGCCAUGACAGAUGAAGAUGGUGAGGGUAUUGAUUUUACUGUUUACAAUUGGACAGAGCAAAUAAAAUCGUUUUUGCUGAGCAGCUUCUUUUGGGGUUACUUUAUUACUCAAAUACCAGGUGGUCAGUUGGCGGUAAAAUUUGGUGGUAAAAUGGUUUUCUUCUAUAGCAUACUUAUAAGCUCGGUACUAGCGGUACUGACACCUCUCUGUACACAAUUUGGUGAUUGGAAAUUAUUAUUCGCGUUGCGUGCCAUACAAGGACUGAGUCAAGGAGCGCUAUUUCCAAGCACACAUACAAUUCUGUCGAAAUGGGCGCCUGAACAAGAACGUGGCAUUUUGUGCACAUUUUGUUAUGCGGGAACUCAUUUUGGCUCGGUUAUAAUAUUUGCCAUAAGUGGUUUUAUUGCCGCAUCUCCAUUAGGCUGGCCAGGUAUAUUUUAUGUAUCUGGUGCACUAGGUUUUCUUUGGCUUGCUGUGUGGUUCAUAUUGGGUGCGGAUAGACCCAGUGAUUGUAAGUCAAUAUCGAAAGAAGAGCAACGCUUGAUUGAGGACUCAAUAGCUGAAAAACAAUUUGAAACUCCAGUGAACCAGAAUUUAAGAACGCCGUGGUGGAAAAUCUUUACAUCUGUUCCAGUAUUAGUUUUAAUUGUAGUACACUGUGCACAUAAUUGGGGAUUUUGGACGCUGCUAACACAAAUUCCUACCUACAUGAAAUUUAUAUUAAACAGAGACAUUAAAAGCAAUGCACUGUUAUCCACUCUACCUUAUUUAGCAGUACUUCUGCUUUGUUUUGUAUUCUGUUACGUCUCCAAUAUAUUUACUAAGUACCGCAUUCUGAAGAUUGGAACGAAUAGAAAGAUAUUUAACACAAUCGGCCAGUGGAUACCUGCGUUAACACUGAUCGCUUUAGGUUACGUACCAUCAGAUCAGGUUAAUUUAGCCGUAGCUGUGCUUACCAUCACAGUCGGGGUUAAUGCUGCCUCAUUUUUAGGCUUUCAAGUAAAUCACAUUGAUUUGAGUCCAAACUAUGCUGGUAUCUUAAUGGGUAUUACUAAUUGCGCGGCUAAUAUAAUGAGUAUUAUAGCUCCUUUGGUUGUAGGCUUCGUAGUCAGUGAUGAGACUAAUCCUCAACAGUGGCGUACUAUAUUUUACAUAGCUGGAGGUUUUUAUUUUAUUGGAAACUCACUUUUCAUUAUUUUUGGUAAGACUCGUGUACAAACGUGGAAUGAAUCUCAGAGCUCAUCACACGAAAUGAAACCAGUAGCGCAAAAUAUAAAUGAGGUUAAGGUUAAUUAA